CUCGCUUCCCACUUUCUCAGUGUGUAAGUAAACAUGGCGGCGGCAAGUGUUGGUUUCAAACUCAACCCUUGUUAAAUUUCAUGGCUUAGGAGAACCUUUUCUAAAAAUGGAUAUUUCAGUUUUGUGGGGCCUUUUGGAGAAUAUGUUAAAGAUUCGGGAAUUGGAUGGAACAUUGCAAGAAUGGAAGCCAGUGACUGUGAGCCAAGAGUUACAGGACUCUGUCAAGUUUCUGGCCUCUAGUGGCAUGAGUCAGCUGCUCCAGGAGUGGCUUCUGGAGACUAUCUUCCAGGAUCUCAGCAAAUGGGUUGGGCCUGCGUUCUGGUGGAAAUUCAAGGAACUCGGUGAUGACAGUGCCAAGAAUCAGUCAGCUUUUUGUUGUGCUUUUGAAUAUUUGUACAGUAAGUGGAGAAUGUGUUGUUGGUGUUUUUGUUCCAACAGAAAUUGGGUUUAAAAAGAGAAAUGUGUGGUUUUUAAAAAUUUAAUUGGUUAUGUUGUUCCAUGAUAAUAGUCCUGAUUGGAGGUCAUGGAGGAAGAAGAGAAUGAGAAAGUUCAAGGUUGUUUUUUUCUAGCUUUGUUUUUUCAGGUUACGUGUGUUUGGCAUUUUGUGGCUUUGAGAAAAUCGGUUUGGAGAUGCGGAAAGGAAGAUAUUUUGAGUAUGAUAGACCUCACAAAUGAGGCUUUAUAAACCAUUUUUUAAAGUCAUAAUUCAUAAGUUUAGUUUUUUGCUACAAUUUCAAUACAGUCCGUGCCGGCUUUAAGCAUGCCGGUCUUAAGCACUUUUCGGACUCAAGCACGCAAAACGGCUCUUACCGA